AUGAUAGAAGAAGCAGCACGGGGUCCGCCGCACGGCAUUCUACUAGCAGCAGUAGUAAUCCUCGUAGUUUCCGGACCCAUGUUAAUCGGUGAUUGGGAAGCCAUUACUGAAUCAAUCUCCGAGCUUAUAAGUCCCAUUGGACUUCUUCUACUACCAAUAAUACUUCUUCUUAUAAUCCAGUUUCUAUCUUCGGAUCGCGGUAACUUCUUCACUUCAAUCUUUACUGCUACUGGUGAACCCGACUCCAUUCACCUUGCUAGUGGCUCUCCUUUCGGGGUCGCUCUCGUUCUUGCUAUCGUCCUCUUUCUUGUUUACAAUCGUAUGUCGCUCUUCGGCGGUGACGAUGAUUCUGAUGAUUGA